UGGCUGCGCAUGCGCGGAGCGGCCCCGCCCGGUUCAAACGCAGCGCGCGGAACGGAGCCCCGGGACAAAGAGAGGAAAAAAUGGGCACCGCGGACGCCGCCCCGCUGGAGGAGCUGGAGGAGCUGAGCCAGGAGCUGCUGCGGGAGCUGAGCUCGGGCUGCACCGAGGAGCUGCUGCGCCGCGGCCUCGAGCGCCGGGAGCACCUGGAAACACGGCUGCUGGAGACACAGGGCAAGGCCCGGGACAUCGCCAAGGAUCUGGCCGAGGCCGAGGCCAAGGUGUUCCAGCGCCUCCAGGACGUCCAGGCCGAUGUCCAGCGGCUCCGGGGCCGCAGCCAGGAGCUGGACACGGAGCUGGAGCGGGCGCGGGGGACGCUGAGCAGCGCCAAGGACAAAACCCAGGCGCUGCGCCUGGCGCUGGAGGAGCUGCAGGAGCAGCUGAGGCAGCUGGAGCAGCACAAGGAGGACAAGGAGGACCCCAGCCUUCCUCCCGACGCGUACGUGGCGCAGGUGUACUACGAGAUCAGCAGGAUCGACUGGGAUUGCAGCGCGGGGCCGGGGCGGAUCAGGGGCAUUCACUACGGCCCCGACAUCGCCGUGCCCCUGGACAUGGACGAGGAGCAGCACUCGGGGACCUUCAUCAGCGAUUACCUGUGGGGCCUCGUGCCCACCGAGUGGAGACCCCGGAGACCCCCGGUGCUCCCCAGGGAGCCCCUGUCACCCUGAAACCCCCCCACCAAUCCUGGCAGAGCCCCGGAGAGCCUCCCUCCCCAUUAAAUCACAAAUCGCUUUA